UAUAAUUCUCACCAGAAGCCAAAAUGGAGCGAAGACCACUUACUUCAAGAAUUCCGUCAAUACCAAAGAUUCCCAUAUGCUCUUGGGUCAGUCAGGAGACUGGAGUUAGGAAGGAAAAGGAUCGUACUUCGAAGAAGGGUGUUGGAAAUGUAGGCGAUCAACAAAAGGAGAAAAAACACCAAAUAUGGUUUUUCAACUACAGUGGAUGGUGGAUGUGGAUUGAAGAAGAAUCAUCGCCGCAGCUUGUCCCAAGUGACAUCAAGGUAUCGUAUGCGAACUUCAUUGAUUCUAAUAUAGGGAGGAUCGAGGAUAUAACUCCUCCGGAGUUGGUUCCCAGUGACGCGCAUCUAGAGGGUGAUGACGAAGAUGAAUGUGACUGGGAACCAGGUAAUAUUUCGGAGAUCGACUAUCCAGUUUUUAUGAACAUAAAAGCUGAAAGAUAUCUCUUGAAAAUAAAGGCAGAGAACGAGAAACUUCGGCAAGACAACCAGGGAUUGAAGGCUAAAAAAGGCGUAAGCCUAAUAAACCGAUUCUGUUUCCGAUUCAUGCUAUUCAUGGUGGGCGAGGUGGCGGAAUCGGUUUUUAAUUCAUUUUAAAUCAAUUGUAUAAACUAAAUGAGGUGGUGAAUGUUUGUUGUGUUGCAUUGUUUUUUAUUUGUUUUUUGUUGUUGU